UCACAACUAUCCACUAUAAACUCCACCAUAAUGCCCGGAUUGAGACGGAGACCCACUAUCCCCGACGAGGGCGACGACACGACAUUCGUCAACAACAGUGAUUAUAUGGAAAGUGAAUCAGAAACGAAGAAUGUCGUAGAACCACCCAAACAACCAUCAGCAUCAGCAUCACCAUCACCAUCACCAUCACCACCAAAAGAAGUCGAUGACAAUCCCUUUCUAAGUGACAAUGAGAACGAAGUGCAGGACCUCAACAUCAAAAGCCGAGUCACCAAACCGACUACAGAAGGCACCUCUCGACAAUCAAGUGAUAAAGAUAUGUAUGAGUCUAAAGUAUUUGAUGAACCCCAAGUUCGAUCGGGAUCAUAUGAAUCCGAAGCCAAUACUUCAACACUGUCAAAUACCGUAGGAGAAAAGAAAAGUAUUAGUCUGAGUUUAAGUUUAAAUCUGAGUACUGUACCAAUUCUCAGUUAUUCUCAACAACAAGCACAAGUAUUAUCUAAUUCACCAUCGAAGAGAAGAGAUAUACUUUUACAAAUUAAACCCAGUAGUAAUGAACCAAGAUUAGUUAUUGGGAAAUUAGAAUUAAUUAAUUUCAAAUCAUAUGCUGGAACCCAAGUCAUUGGACCAUUUAAUAGUUCAUUUUCUGCGGUAGUUGGACCUAAUGGAAGUGGGAAAUCUAAUGUUAUAGAUUCAAUGUUAUUUGUAUUUGGAUUCCGAGCUCUGAAGAUGAGACAGGGAAAAUUAUCAGAAUUAAUUCAUAAUUCAAGUGGAGGAGAAAAACUUGAUUAUUGUCAAGUUAAUAUAUAUUUUCAUAAUGUUUUAGAUGAUACUGAUGAACCAAAUAAAGCAUCAAUAAUUCCCAAUUCAGAAAUCAUUGUAUCACGUAAAGCAUUUAGAAAUAAUCAAUCAAAUUAUUAUAUUAAUGGGAAAUCCAGUAAUUAUACUGAAGUCACUCUGAUGUUAAAGGAGAAAGGAAUAGAUUUAGAUCAUAAACGAUUUUUAAUUUUACAAGGAGAAGUUGAAUCAAUUGCCCAAAUGAAACCUAAAGCAGAAAAGGAAAAUGAUGAUGGAUUAUUAGAAUAUUUAGAAGAUAUUAUUGGGACUUCUAAGUAUAAGAAAUUAAUUGAAGAAAAUAUGACAAAGAUUGAUGAAUUAAAUGAUGUUUGUGUAGAAAAGGAAAAUCGAUUUGUAUUAGUAGAAAAGGAUAAAGAACUGCUUGAAGAUCGUAAGAAUGAAGCAUUAAAAUUUCUUGAAGCUGAGAAGGCAUGGACUUGUAAAAAGUCUAUACAAUUUCAAGUUAAUAUAGUGGAAUAUACUAAACAUCUUGAAGAUUCAAAACAUCAUUAUGAUGAAAUUAAACAUGAAUUAGAUGAAGAAAGACAAGCUAAUUCUGAAUUAACUAAGGGAAUUGAAACAUUCACCAAACAACAAGAAUCAACUAAAUCUCAAAUUCUGGUGCUUGAUAAAGAAUUAGUCAAAUUAACUAAAGUUCAAAAGGAUACCAAUAAACAAAAUGUAACUUUAGAAGAAAAGCUUAAGAAUUUAACCAGUAAGAUUAAAAAGAUUGAGAAAACUAAAGAAUCUCUGAAUCAUAUCUUAUCGUCAUCCAAUCUGAAAUUACAACAGAAUAAUCAGGCCAAUGAACAAUUCAAACAAGAAAUUCAACAACUUAAUAGUAAUAUGGAGAUUGAAAAGGCUAAACUUGAUGAAAUUAAAGCUAAUCUUUCUCAGAAAACUUCUGGAUUUAGUAAAGAAAUUGAUAGUUUAAAUACCACUUUACAACCCUGGAAUGAGAAAUUAAAUCAUAAAGAAAAUGCCAUUCAAUUAUUACAAUCUAAUAUUGAAAUCCUUUAUAAUCAAAGGAAUUCUAUAACCAAUCAAUUAGAAGAAGCUAGAAAUCGAUUAAUUAGUAUUAAACAAGAAGGGAAACAAAAGGAAGAAGAAGUUCAAGAAGCAGAAGAUAAAGUAGAACAAAUCAUUGAACAAAUUAAUUUAGGAGAAGAACAAUGUUCUAUAGAAAAGAGACAAUUAGAUAGUAAGGGAUCUAGUUUAUCUACCUUAAGACAAAAGACUCAAGAUUCAAUUAAUUCAUUAACUAAUUAUCAAAAUAAGAAUAAAGUAUUAACUAGUUUAUUACGAUUAGCAAAAUCAGGAAGAAUUAAUGGAUUUCAUGGUAGACUUGGAGAUUUAGGAGUAAUUGAUCGACAAUAUGAUAUUGCUAUAUCAACCGUAUGUCCAGGAUUAGAUUCUAUGGUGGUUGAUAGUGUAGAAACGGCUCAAGCAUGUAUUGAUUAUUUAAGAAAGAAUAAAUUGGGUUAUGCCAAUUUCAUAUGUUUAGAUAAAUUAAGACAAUUCAAUUUAAAUCCUAUUCAAACUCCAGGAAAUCCAGCGACUAUUAAACGAUUAUUUGAUUUAAUAAAUCCCACUAAUCCGAAAUUUGCACCUGCCUUUUAUAGUAAAUUAUAUAAUACAUUAGUGGCUCCUGAUUUAGCGGAAGCUAAACGAGUUGCUUAUGGAGCUAAACGUUGGAAAGUUGUAACUUUAGAUGGGAAAGUUGUUGAUACUUCAGGAACCAUGUCAGGAGGUGGGAAUCAUUUUGCCAGAGGAGCCAUGAGACUUAAUGGUGAUGAAUCUAAUUCAUUAAUGGAUAUCUCUCCUGAAGAUAUCGAUAAAUUAAAACAUGACUUACAUGAACUUGAACAAGAAGUAGAACAACUUGAAAGUAGUUAUCGUCAUAAGGAAUCUAUGCUAAUUAAAUUAAGAGAUUUAAAGCCAGAAACAGAAUUCACUGUCUCUCGAUUGAAAUUAGAUAUUCAAUCCUUAGCAUCAGAGAAGAAAGAAGUACUGAUAACUUGUAAGAAUCUUAUUGCAGAAAAGGAUAAGAUGGAAUCAGAGGGGAAGUAUGAUAAAGAUAUACGAGCCAAAGAGAAAGAAGUGGAAGAGUUAAAGAACAGUAAACAAGAAAUCAAAUCCCAAAUGAGUGAAACCGAAACCAAAAUUAAACAAUUGGAAGAGAAAAUUAUGGAAGCUGGAGGAGUAGAAUUACGAGUUCAAACGUCUCGAGUCGAUUCCAUUAAACAAAAACUUGAAAUCAUUAAUGAAAAGACAGCAGGAGAUCGACUUGAGAUUCGGAAACUUGAGAAUGAAAUUAAACGACAAACUAAAGUACUUGCACAAGCAGAAGAAGACUGGCAAACUUGUCAAGUUGAAGUGAAUAAGUUUGAGAGUCAGAAAUCUGAAUUAUCCAGUAAACUUGAAGAGAUUCAAGUGGAGAUCUCUAAAGUUCAACAGAGUAAAGAUGAAUUAGAUGGAGUAUUGGAAGGGUUACAAAGUGAAUUAGAAGAGUAUCAAGAAAAGUGUAAUCAAUUCCGAUCCGUUGAAGUUGAACUUGAGAAUAAACUUGAAAAGUAUAGUUCAAUCAUUAAGAAAUCUCAACUGAAGAUUAAGGAGAAUGAAGAGAAUUUACAGGCAUUAGUACCUCGAGAUGCUAGUGCUUAUAUCUAUUGGUUAUCAGAAGAAGAGCAAGUUAAGUAUAAUAGUGGGAUACUUGAAGAGAUUCCUAGUGAUGAAUCACAAAUUGAUGGUGAACAAGUAGAUAGAGAAAUUGAACAACUUGAAGAUUAUUUAAACAAUGCUAAAGUUGAUCUUGAAGUCUUAAAAGAGUAUGGAGAAAAGAAGCAUGAAUUUGAAUCCAGACGACAAGAUUUAAAUGUAGCUGUUACUGAGAGAGAUGAAAUUAAAAGUUUAUGUGAAGAUUUAAAGAGAAGAAGAUUAGAUGAAUUUAUGGAAGGAUUUAAUAUGAUUUCAAUGACAUUAAAGGAUAUGUAUAGAAUGAUAACUAUGGGAGGUAAUGCCGAAUUAGAAUUAGUAGAUAGUUUAGAUCCAUUCUCUGAAGGAAUCUUAUUCAGUGUUAUGCCACCAAAGAAAUCAUGGAAGAAUAUAUCUAAUUUAUCGGGAGGUGAAAAGACUUUAAGUUCAUUGGCAUUAGUGUUUGCUCUUCAUCAAUAUAAACCUACACCAUUAUAUGUUAUGGAUGAAAUUGAUGCUGCAUUGGAUUUUAGAAAUGUAUCUAUUGUAGCCAAUUAUAUUAAGGAAAGAACUAAGAAUGCACAAUUCAUUGUUAUAUCAUUACGGAAUAAUAUGUUUGAAUUGGCUCAACAACUUGUGGGGAUAUAUAAGGUGGAUAAUAAGACGAAGAGUAUAUCGUUACAGAAUAAGGAUUUCUUAGUGGCUGCUUAGAGUGUGUAUGUGUAUGUAUAUUAAUGUAAAGUAUUAACUGC